AGAUCAUCCUUUUCACAAAGAAAACCUCCUACUCACUAAAUAAAGGAAGACAAGCAAAACGGCAUCACAAUGGCUACAAGUCCCGGUUCAGAUAAUAAUUGUAACAUCUACAUGCCACCGCUAGUUUGCUCCGUGGCGUCCUCGAAUGACUUCAGUGACUAUCAAUGGUUUACCGAUUUCGGAAGUUAUCGCGAUGGAGUGACCACACACCAGAGCAUCCUUUCGGCACUAUCCGCGUCGUACAAUGGAAUUGGCGAGCUGUCGUACUACGAGAAGAUGGCGAAGGAUAUCGAUGCCAAUCUGGCAGAGAUCGAUAUGGAAAGCUACCGGAAGGAAGACAUCAAUUCGCUGCUGAGCGCCAUCCCAUCGCAGCUGCGGCUAGACGAUGCGGAGCGCAAGGCACGCAAUAACAAUCGCAUCUUCGCGACGAUUACUAGCUGUACGGCGGCAGGAUUAAUACCGGCCGAUAUGAUGGACAAUUCAUUCUGCAAAUCCGAGCUGUUGUUUUCGCCGGUCAAAGAAUCGCACAUCAGCGUGGAUUCGUUGGACAUGGAUGGGUAUCCGGACGAGGAAGACAUCAUACUGACGUGUCAGGCAAACAAGGACAACUACACGAUAGCGUUCGAGCAAAGUAUACUGUACUCGGAGGAAAGCUAUUACGACGGUCCUGAACAUUAUGGGAAAUACAAGCGUAUGAACUUGUUGAAUAAUCUUCAAAAUCGUGCCCAAUACAUUCGGCAUAAAGAUGCGAUGUCACGGUCCGAAGUGAACUACACAACUUGGAGUAAUUUGAAGAAGAAUGCCGUGCCUCAAAGGCCACCAAUUGCAGUGAAUCCUCUAAUAACUCACAUUUCGCGCCACAAUCGGUCAUGUUUCGUUCGGAAAAGCUUUAGCAUGCCUAAUCUUCAGUCGGAACAAACAUCCCCUGCGAAAACACAUCUUUCCGCAAACGAUCAACAUCCGCUGAAUGUUUCCCAAGCUGGAAAUGGUUCGGAAGAAUCGUAUGAAAGGCCCUUGCGUUCCUUGCUUCCAAUGUACACUUUACCAACAGAUUCCGAGAAUGAAAGUAGCACUAACGGGAACGGGGUGGAUGAAAACGAUCCAAACGACUCGAACAAUCAUCUCACAGUGCACGAACAGAUCAAGCAUCAGCAAUCGGAUGAACAACAGCAGCACCAACAUAACCAACAACAAUCGCAACAACAGGCGCAACACACGCUGCAACAACCAUCGUUUAACUUGGUGAAGCUAUUCAUCAAGCAAAAAAGUAGCUCAACGGACACUUGCAUGGAUGUAUCGUCCGGAUGUUGGCCCAGCGAUAGUACCAACAGUGGUGGGUCUGGUGAUCAUCAGCUGCAUCAUCUCGGCACGGCCGGUGCGCUAAGGUGUCGUAAGAAAAGUAUGCACGAUUCAGGCAAAUGUUCCACCACAACCGGUGGGGGUAGCGUUGUCGGUGGGAGACAUGGUGAAGAAGACGAGUAUCAGUUGGAUAGUUUAGAUGCACAAAUAAACAACGGUCACGUAAAUGCGAACAACAACAACGGAAGCCACAGCGACGCCGAUGGCGAAGCGGACGAUGAGCUGAACGAAGGAAGAGGACCACCUCCAUCGUCGCCGCAGCAAGGUCAGGGACCCAAUGGUGGAUCGGUUACGAGCAAUGUGAAGUUGAAUGAUUUCAACCGACAGAUGCACAGCUCUCCACGUAGACAGUACAAGGGAUUCAACAUGAACAUAGGCGGUGGGCGGAGAUUGUUGCAGGAUCUGUUGCAGCAACACAACAACAACAACAAUAAUUCGGCCAGUGGUGGUGCUCUGAACAACAGUAGCAGUAUUAACAACAACAAUAAUCACAAUGUAAACAACAAUAAUAGCUAUAAAGACACCAACAGCGAUACGAGCCGUACGUCGGAAAACUUGACGCAGAUAUUUAACCACAGUGGCAAUAACAACACAACACUCUCGUCGGGUUCGAAAACGAAGAUACCGAUUGAUAUGAUUACAAAAUCGAUGCAAACUUCGCUCAUCGGUACCCCAACGGCAGGUGGCGGUAAUGGGACGAGAGAGAAGGUCCGCGUCAUACCACCCUCAUUCCUGGAUCGGUUAAACGAGCUGGGCGACAAGCAGAAGGCGCCCGUGUUUGUGGUCUAUCCCAACUAUGCACUUCCGGAUUUGGGCUUCCUGAAGACACAGAACGAGGUCGUCAUUUCGCCGCUCACGUUCAAAGAAACGAUGACAGGCGCGGGUCGUCCGCUGAAGAAACCGCGCCCAGUUUCCAUGAACGAUAUAGAAAAUAUAAGACAGCGAGAGUAUAAGCACGUAACGGACUGGAAGUCGCUCGUAUUUCUGCUUCCGGCGGAAUAUCGGAAGCUACUCCGCCACAUCCCAGAAGUCGGCGAACUGAGUCUAUCGAGCGAGAAACAACCGAUGUUCUGCAUGACGCCGCCACUGCGACGCGGUGUGGCACGUGGUGUGAGCUGUGACUGUACAAAUCUGCUAAACCAAAACACCCAAACCUACAACAGCUCAAGCUCGGGUGGAAGUUCCAGUGCGGCACCGAGCUCAGGGUAUAGAGGCUCUUCCACGAUGCUUACGACGGACUCGGAGAUGGAUGGCAUACUGGGACCGUCCAAUAGUAGCAACGUUUUCAACAAUAAUCUGUACGUGUACCAGUACGAUAGUCCGGCCGAGAUUUUAGCACCCUGCGAAAGGCCUCCUUCCGGUCGAACGGGUGGUAUAGCGCCGAAGAGUAUCUUGCGUCGACCCCCGGGUGCUAGAGGGACCAACAGUAGCAACCCAGCGGCGAGCAAUGGAGGCCCCAGUCAGAGCAACAUGAAAGCGAAACGUAGCAGUAUGUUUGAAGAGCAACACGUACCACAUUAUCCACAAGGCUCACGGGAAAAGCGACGUUCGCUGCAGGAACACCAUUCCUACAACUUUUACGAAGACGCAGAAGAGGAAGAGCAACAGAGAGGACACUGUGUGGAGCCGAAGCUUCACAACUCACCCAACAUGACACCACACCCACGGUUGGCCAACACACCAAAGCUACCGUCGGCUGACCAUUACCACAAGCUGAACAAGUUGGUAGAAUUGAACGACCUAGAGGCUGUCGCCGCAGCCGCAACCAACCAGGACGAUGGUCACGCUAUGGACGAAGAUCUCGAGGCACGUGCACGUGCGGAGCAAUUCCUGUCGCACGUACCCAAAUCGGAACUGAAGCAUUAUGCCGAAAUUGCACACAUUCUCGAAUCGACCGAAAUGAUCGAAUCUUCCGAGCCGGCUUACGAUCGUACCCGGCUCCGCAACGAGGUCAGCCGAUUGUUGUCACAGAAGCGCAACGUGGUCACGUUCACGAAACAACAAACCAUGGGUCCAUCGGCUACCAACACACCGACGACGACCGGUGGCAACAACACUACACCAGUGCGGCAGCAACCAUCUCCAGCUUUGUUGCGACCAACGGAAAUAAAGUUUUCGACACCACCAAACUCACCGAACAUGUCGGUUACGGUGGCAAAAACUGGUCAUCACCAUACGAUGACCGGGGCUGAAAAGAAACCACCCGUUGCUCAACGUACGCCAUCGUCGUUGGUAGGCUCUCCGGCAUCCACUGGCACGGAAAAGGAAAAGCAAGAUAAAAUUCAAACGAACCGUUUCAAGCGGCUCCAGAUACAGUGGGAAUUGUUGAGCAAGGAAGCGAACGCGGCAAAGGCAGCAGCUUCCGACAGCCAGCGGAAAGAGAUUCGCAGCGGUGGCAACACGCCGACCGGUGGAGGCGGUGGACCUAAAUCACGCAUUCCACGUCCCGUCAGUUAUCCCACAACCAGAACCAACUCUGAUCCUGUUGUGAGCAAAACGCUAAAAUCCCCCAGCCGAAUAGUGGCACCGAAAAGGUACGGUGCGAUGCAGUCCCCGGUCACAACGCCACCCACACCUGCCCCCCGUACUCCGAGCAAAACGCUUACCAACACCACACCCAAGAAAGUGUCAUCUGCUCCCUCUCGCCCCGCGACACGCACACGGUGAAGAGAAUACAGAACAUGAUACAUAGCAGUUGUGACAUGUUUUUCACUAACUUUGUUUGAUUCUUUUUUCCUCUUCUUUUCCUCUAUUUCUUUUAUGUUCACCACAACCACACAUCCCCC